GAUAAUGCAGCACAAAAAACGAGAGGUCCGAAACUGUCCCGGAAAAUGACAAAAAAGAAAAAUCCCUCUUCCUCCUUCUCCUUCUCCUUCCACUUCUCCAUUGUUCAACCGAAGAAAGGAUUCGAAAGAUGAUGGCGCUCAAAACCCUGCACACCUCCUUCUCCCCCGCCGACCCGACCACCUUCCUUCCCUCCAACCUCAACCCCAAGAAGAAAAAGCGCCCGGCUCUCUCCCUGUGCAGAUGCAAGCGAGGCGGCUCGUCCCGCCCCUCCGACUCUCCUCCGCCGCCGCCGCCAGAGGGCGAUGCCCGGAAGCAAGAGCUGCUGGCCCGGAUCGCGAUGCUUCAGGCGCAGAAGGUCCGGCUCAGCGACUACCUGGACGAGCGGUCGGCCUACCUGACCCAGUUCGGCGAGGAGGCCGGCGCCGAGUUCGACAAGAUCGGGGAGGACGCGCUCCGAGGCCUCGACGAAGCGGGUAACCGGAUAAUGGAGAACAUAGAGAGCAGAAUGCAAUCAUUUGAAGAAUCCAUGGAGCUCAACAGAAUGGAGAUCGAGGAGAGCGACAACAAGUUGGCGGAAUUCGAGGGGCAGGUCGAGAAGGACCGCAACGAGGGACUCUUCUUCAAGAGCCUCACCCAGGAGAAGAAGCCGGUCGAGAAGGCGAAAGCCAAGGAGGAGGCGAAGAAGGUCCAAGAAGUCGUGAAACAGAGCGCUGGGUCGAAAACCCGAAGAUAUGUCUAUGUCGCGCUGAUCGGCAUCCUAGUCACCGGGAUCGCCGACUCUUUCAUCUUGUCCUCGCCCGAUUGGAGAAAAGUCGCCGUCCUCGGGGCGAUUCUAGUGGCUCUGAUCACUCAGUUCGCGUACGAGCAAGGGAUGCUGUCGGAAACAGAGCAGACGGAGAAAGAGAGAUCCGAACGAGAAGAUAAGUAAAUUUUUGAACUUAUUUUUCCCUCCAUGGUCAAAAUGUACAUUCUUUGCUCAUUGAUGACUCUGGCAAUGAACGGGAUGAUGCCACACUAUACAGCAGAGUCCAUAGUUUGGUUUUGAUUUGAUAUAUGAAGUUCGUUCUUUCUUUUCCUUU